AUUCAUUCAUGAAAAAAUGGAAAAUGAAAAGCAUAGAGCUGCUCCUUCUUUAAACCUUCGAGGCAGCUCUGUCUCCCUCCGUAAAUAAAAAAAUCUAUACGUAUAUAUAAUUCUGCAAAAUUCCGCAUUGACUUUUCGGAACAUCCGUCUCCGGUACAGCGCCACCAUCGAAUCGAAGCCAUGAACAUCUUCGCCAAAAAGCCCACAGCCAAAGAGGCGCUUCGUGAGAGUAAGCGAGAAAUGUCCAAUGCAACCAGAGGUAUUGAGAGGGAAAUCACCACCUUGCAAUUGGAAGAAAAGAAGCUUGUUGCCGAAAUAAAGAGAACUGCUAAAACAGGAAAUGAGGCAGCAACUAAAACUUUAGCACGCCAGCUAGUCAGGCUUAGGCAACAGAUUGGCAAGCUGCAAGGUAGCCGAGCUCAGAUGAGAGGUAUAGCAACUCACACCCAGGCAAUAUCUGCCCAAUCAUCAGUUGCUGUGGGCAUAAAAGGGGCCACCAAAGCGAUGGCAUCUAUGAGUAAGCAAAUGGAACCUGCAAAGCAAGCGAAGGUGAUGCAAGAAUUCCAGAGGCAAUCAGCACAGAUGGAUAUGACUACUGAGAUGAUGUCAGACGCCAUUGAUGAUGCUUUGGAUGAUGAUGAAGCUGAAGAGGAAACGGAAGAUCUGACAAAUCAGGUCCUUGAUGAAAUUGGAGUUGAUGUGGCCUCACAGUUAUCAGCAGCACCAAAAGGAAGAAUUGCAGGGAAGACAGCUGAGGGUGCUAGCAGUUCUAGCGUUGAUGAGCUGGAGAAGAGGUUGGCAGCCCUUAGAAAUCCUUGAGCUAAAGAUUGGAGGACCUUGUUUUCUGCGGAAGUUUAUGAUUGGGGCUCAUUCCUUCAAUUUGUUCCAAGGUUGUACACUGGACACAUAUCUUUUCCGACCGAGCUUACAUUUUUUGUCCUCCCAAUCCUUGUAUCCGAUCAAAUUUUCAUGAAUCUAUUCUCGAGAAAAUGUGCAACUCUCAGCCUAUUAAUGCUCAUCUGAAGAUUGUAUAUAUAUACUAUAUAAAAUAAUAUUGAAGUUAGUUUGUAUUUGCUCAAAAUAAGAAUGAUUAUAAAGUUAAUCA